UUUGUAUAAUAAAAUGUGACGUGGCGUGACACGCCGUGUCCCGGCGCACUGAAAGAUCUCACCUAACCCUCUGUCUUUCUGCAACUCCCCUCUCGAACUGGAACAACAAUGGGAUUCCACCCAGACACACAGACGAUGAACAACAAGGGCAAAGCAGUCGCCGUCUCAAGCCCCAACAUCAACGACAUCGACGACGACAACGUUAACAUCAGCGUAGACGACUUGGAUUUGGACGACGACAACAACAACAGAAGUAGUGGCGUCUCUUCGACUUCCAUCAGAUUCUCGUCCCGCAACACUUCCUCCAAAUACGACUUUGUCAAGGUGAAGGUCUGGCUGGGUGAUAAUGCAGAUCACUACUAUGUUCUUUCCAGAUUUUUGCUCAGUCGAAUGUUGACUGUCACUAAGAUCCCGAAUUAUGUAGCGAUUAAAAUCGCGCUGGAGCUCAAGAAGCUGCUGAUCGACAACAGCCUGCUAGAUGUUUCGCAGUCCGAUUUGGAAGUGAAUUUGUUUAAGCUUAUGGAACGAAGGGGUUAUGGGGAAGAGUACAUAAAUCGGUACAAGAUGAUGACCAGAUUUCACCAUCAACGAGUACCAUUAGUUAUUCUUGUAUGUGGAACUGCCUGUGUUGGAAAGUCGACCAUUGCUACCCAACUCGCACAAAGACUAAAUUUGCCUAAUGUCUUGCAGACAGAUAUGGUAUAUGAAUUGUUGCGCACUUCAACAGAUGCACCGUUGACAUCUACUCCUGUAUGGGAACGAGACUUCAGCUCCUCUGAGGAGUUAAUUACUGAAUUUUGUAGGGAAUGCAGGAUUGUCCGUAAAGGAUUGGCUGGUGAUUUGAAGAAAGCUAUGAAAGAUGGAAAACCAAUAAUAAUAGAGGGAAUACAUUUGGAUCCAAGCAUUUAUUUAAUGGAAGAUGAUAAUAAAACACAAGCACAAGAGAAAACUCAGGAGGCAGACCCCGUUGCAGUAGAUGGUUCCAAAACACAGAUGGAAAACAAUUCUCCAAGUAUAAGCGGAAGUUCUUCUGAAGUUUGCAACAGUGCUGCACAUGUCAGCUGCGAAGAAGGGACACCAACUAACAAGGUGGACGAAGUCUCGGAUCACCUGGAAGCUAUUGACCUAGCCGGAAGUGUUUCUGAGGAAAAAGGUGAAAGUGUUACUGAUCCGGAGUUGAGUAAAAGUACUUCUGUUAAGAAAGAGAAGUCUGGUACUGAACCAAUUAUUAUACCUCUAGUUUUGAAGAUGGCUGAGUUUGAUCAUAAGGCAUUACUAGAAGAGGUGAUCUCAACUCGUACAUUUAGUGGUAAAUCUGUAGUCCAGGAUAAAGAUAAGCUAAUACGCAACUUAAAGACCAUCCAGGACUAUCUUUGUUCAUUCAAUUCGCAGGGAUUGACAGUUGUCAAUAUAUCUUCAACCACAUUUCCGCAAACACUGGAUUGGCUGCAUGGGUAUCUUCUUGAGUGUAUAGAGCAUGGUAUUUCAUCAGUGUCCAAUGAAAAUAGUAGGCGGCCUGCAGAAAGUUAGACUGCAUUCCGAUGUUGGCUGAAGGCUGUUCACGUAGAGCUGGAGAAAAGAACCAGUAACGGUUAUGAAACAGUGAUCGGCUGGACGAUAUAGAUCAAAUGUCGGGAAACAAAGCAGAGAACAAAUACUAUAAGCACCUUUGCAGCAGCAGCAGCAGCUUGCAGAACAAAUUUCUACUUGCAUUACUUGUUCUUUGAUGAGACGCCAGAUUUCAACUAAAUGCAGCCUCUUCAAUGCAUCCAAGACUUCACCAAAAUUCAAUUUUUCGAUACGAGAUACCAAGUUUCGGAUAAGUUGUUGUCUUCGUAUUGUACGUAUGUAAAAUCAGUCAAUAAGUUGUUGUCGUAGUAGUGUUCGUAUGUUUAACUUAAGGGAUACUGUAUUUAAGAUGAUGUUCUUAACCACUUUUUCGACGAUCGACCUUUGGACAGCGUCAGUUGUAUGUGCAUCUUCUUCGCCUUUUCUCUGUAUAUAUCAACAAAGAGAUGCAGUAAAUUGUCUGUCGAGUAAUGCUAGGGUUACCACAUAUUUAUAGCACA